AUGUUAAAUUAGGAUGCAGAUUUGAACAAAUAACCAUUUCACAAUCAAAUUCCUAAACCCAUAGCUCUAAUUGAUGAAACUAUAAGUCUUGAAAAUGACAUGUUACUUGGUUGGGCACCAAAAUUGGAUUACAGUAAAUUACUUACACUAAAUUUCAACAAUUAGUUAAAUGAUUAAAUAAUGUCAGAAGCUUUAUAGAACAAUUAACUUGUUUAUGUUGGAUUUAGACCUUAAGAUAACCAUUAAAUGCAUAAGUAAUAUUCAACUACUUCAUCAUAUCCAUUUAAAAAAUCUAAAGCAAUUUAAAACAAACCUUAAUAUCCUUUUUUGGGGAUGAAUCCUACUUUUAAUAGUAAAAUAUAAUUCAAUUCAAUUUUUGAGAGUGGCAAUUUGGAUUUAGUGACUUAAGUAUCAGAAUUUGAGUAUAAUUUAUAUAUGAGAGUGGAUGGAAAUACUUAAGGACAUACAUCUUGGUACAAUUUUGAAUUAAAUGGAAUGAAAAAAGGUGAAAAAAUCUAAUUAAAUAUUUGUAAUUUUACAAAAUCUCACAGUCUUUAUGAACGUGGAAUGAAACCAUAUAUAUGGAGAUCAACUAAUUAAGAAUGGUUAUAAGGAGGAGAGAAUGUAUAAUAUAGAACAUCUUAAAAUAAUAAUAAUUGUCUUAGUUUUUGUAUCAUAUGCAAUUAAGAUAAUGAAUUAAUUAAGAUUGCUUAUUGUGUUCCAUAUACAUAUUCUUAAUUAUUAGAAUAUUGUGAUAAUUUAUAGAAAAAUUGUAAUCAUGUUAAAUGUUCAAUUUUAUGUGAAUCAUUAGGAGGAGUACAAUUACCUAUGUUUACUUUUAGUAAAUAUAAAAAUAAGAAUAAGAAAUGUAUAAUAAUUUAAGCACGUAUUCAUCCUGGAGAAUCAAAUGGUUCAUGGGUUAUGUAGGGUGUAAUGGAUUAUUUAUCAAGUCAAUCAGCAAUUAAAAUAUUAGAAAAGUAUUAAAAAUUGAAUAAUCUAUUAAAGAUGUAUCAUUAAAGUAAUACCAAUGAUGAAUCCUGAUGGAGUUAUUCUAGGCAAUUAUAGAACAGGUUUAGCAGGAAAAGAUUUAAAUAGAAAAUUUAAAUAGACUGAUGGAAUUCUAUUCCCUACUGUUUAAGCUAUGAAGAAACUAGUUAAAGAUUAAUACAAGAAAUUUGGAAAUAAUUUAAUAGCCUUUAUCGAUUUACAUGGACAUUCCAGUAUGAAUAACAUAUAAACUAGUCAAAAAGAAUGUCUUUUUGUAUGGUCCAGAAUAUGCUCUUUGGAAUUAUAAUUAUUAUAAAUGUCGUAUUCUUCCAAAAUUACUUAGUUAGAAAACUGAAAUGUUUAGAUUUUAUUCAUCAAUUUUCAGAAUUAGUUAAUCUAAAAAAUCUACAGCUCGUGGAGUAUUUGCUGAUUUAUAUGAUAUAGUAAAUUGUUUUACAAUUGAAACAUCAAAUGGUAAUUACUACACAUAAACUUAAACAUUUGAAUUUAAUACUAAAAAUUGGUUAAAAAUGGGUUGGAUUAUUGGAGAAACUUUAAUAGAUAUGAUAGAUACAUAAAAUGAAAUGGAUUAGAUUUAUAAUUCUAAAAAUGAAGACCUUAAAAGAUCAAAUAGAUUUACUAAAAAUAAUUCAAUUCUCAAUAAGAAAAGUAUCACUGAUCCUUGUUAAAUAUCAUUUUAAAAUACAAAAUUUUAAAAAUUAAUCGAAUAAUUAAAAAUGGAUGCUGAUAAAAUGAAUCAAUCUUGUUCUGAAGGUAAUUCUGAUUCAUUUGAUGAUGGUGAUGAAAUAGAAGAAGAUACUAAUGAAAACAAAUCUGAAGAAAUAAAUAAAUCUAAAUCUAUUCAAUCAAAACCCUUAUUAUCUAUAUUGUAUUAAACUUAAAAAUCUAAAUUAGAAUCAAAAUGUAGUCCUACUUAUUAAAAACCAUUAUUACAGUAAACUAUUAUGUUAUCUAUUGAACAUAAUCAAAAUAAAGUCUAUCAACCUUAUCAAUCAGCUGCUUAAAGAAUGAUUCUUAAGAAGAUGGCAUCUCGUUCUUAAUCUAAGAAAUUAAAUUAAGUAAAUAAUUAUUUAACAAAUUGCAUCAAUUAAAAAUAAUUUGCUACUAUAGAAUAUCUUGAUAAUUCUUUGAAUGUAAAUCAAACUAUGGAAUAGAAUCCUCAUUCAUUAAUACCUAGACCAUCUACAACUUAAUUGGAAGUUAUGGAAGAUGAAAAAUUCACACCUUUUCAAGGACUCAAUACAAGUUUAUAUUCUGGCUUUAAACGUCAUACUAGAUUGCGUAGUAAUCUAACAGCUUAAAAAUAAAAAUAAUUAAGAGAAAUUAAAAGAAAUAAUUAAACUAAAUCACCUCCAUAAAUUACAACAAAUGUAAGAAAUACUAUUAUGAAUAAUACUUAAACUAAUUUUGAAGCUAUGAAAUUGAAAUUAAAAAUGAGACUUUAAUAGGAACCAACAAAAUUAUCAGAAUCUUAUAAUACAACUAGACCUUCUGUUCCACCUUCAUUUUAUUCUGUCAGAAGAAAUAUGAUAAAAAGACCCAAAAUUUGA